AUGGCUUCAGUGGGUGAACGAAAAUGGACGGGCAGAAAAAAAGAGUAUUCUGGUAGUGUUGAUGAGGCAGUCCAGCCAUUAGGAAGUAAAAUUGAACAUUUUAAAUUUCAUAUGUUUGUUAAGAGAGAACUGUCGAAAUAUUUUGAAAAACUUAAGGCUGAAGUGACCGAUGAAAAACUUGUGUGUCAAGUUGAUUUCGCCAAAAAUUAUGGAAUGAAGGAGCAAGAUGAAGUUCAGUGCGCACAUUGGUACACAAAAACAAUGAGUAUAUUUACAGGUUAUGUUCGGUCCAAAAGCGGAGGAUUUGGUUUUGCUCUACCCUCGUUAGAUGUUACUCACGAUAAAUUCGUUGUGAAUUCAGCUCUGGAAUUAAUUUUAAAUCAUUUGAAAACUCUACUUCCAAAUUUGAAAGA